AUGCGACUCGCCCCUCCUCCAUGGUUUCUUAAUCCUGGGCGUAAUGCGUUCCUAAAUGAGGCAAAUGGCGAUCAUCAUGCGCGUCUCAUAGCAGUCCUUCAUGUAUACAUGGUUGAGUUCUUAGCUACCGUUGCACGUUGUUACUUCCUCCCAGAAGCCGAAGAAUGGACGUUUAGUUGGCAACGAGUUCUUGAGAUUUGCCAAAACAUAGCUGGCAUAGCAGAGAAAAGGAACAGCAACUUUACUCUUACAGUUGACCCUGCCGUCUCGUGUAUCAUCUUCACUGCUCUCAUUUUCCUGGACUUCGACAAAAAAUCUGCCGGGGCCACGGAUAAUCAUCUCAUAUCUAAGAUUGAAAACUACGAACUUCUACUCGUACUCCAGCUAGAGCAGUUUGCAACUUACUGGAAACUGCCAAGCUUACUGAUUCGCCCUAAAACAGAUGCUCAUUCGUACAACAGUCUCGUUCCGUAG